AUGCGCAGAAGCGAGCCUGUGUGGCAGCCGACCCUAGGCGGCGACCAGGGGGCCACCCUGCUGCUCAACGCCCUGUCAACGCCUGGGAAGCUCCCCGCCGCGGGUGAGGCUAGCGCGCGGGAGGGUGUGGGUGGUCCCCUGCCUUGGCGGCCCUUUGACAACCUGCCCCAGCGGGUCCCGAUAGCCCCCCCGUCUGAGCUGGAACCAGAUCCUGCAGCUGCUCGAGUGCAACUGCGCAUCGGCGGGGUCAACUUGCUCGACCACUACUUCGCCCAGCGCCAGAGACUCGACGGCGCCAGAGACUCGACUCACGCCCCUACUUUGCUGCUCAUCAUCCUGCCCUGCCCUGCGCCGACACUCGGCCAGGUCCGCCAUGUCUGGGCGCUCCCGCACUCGCCCCUUCCCGCCUGUAACGUGUCUGGCAUGCGCCGAGUGGGUCUGAUAAUCUCCACGGCACGCUGGCCAGCAAAUCGCAAGUUUGGCUUUCCUCAUGGACAGUCUCGCUAA